AAAACUUGACAUUGGCAGAUUUGACUUGACAUAAAAAUGUUAAAAAACAAAAAUAUAAUACCGAUUUUAAAUAAAUUAUUUUAGGUUAAUUAUUAACAAAUUGUGUUAAAAAGUUAAAAUUAUAAACCAUGGCGCAGCCACCGAGCCGCAGUAUCUUAGCAAUGAUACUCAGAAACUUUAUAAAUUCCCUAAAACCCAGGCAAUUUAGUGGAACUCUGAUAGGAAAAGACUAUUUUGGAAAUCAAUACUAUGAAAUUCCAGCUAAUCCAUCUAUUGGAAAAAGACGAGCUAGUCGUUGGUUCGAUCCACCGAAAAAGGAGGAUUUUAUGCAAGAAAUGCCAGCGGAAUGGGAGGCCUGGCUCAGAGGGAGGAGGAAGCUACCCCCCACAGAGGAAGAGGUUAUGAAAAAUCUGGCUAUAAUGCAAAUGAAGAAGAAAAAUGCUAUAGAAGUCGAUGCGAAAGGAGGAAAAAUGACACCGAUGACUAAGGGCAUUGAAACGUUUCCAAAAAGAACAGAAUAUGAGACAAUACCUGGGAGACGAGAUGAUAAAAGCUAGUCAAAAUUUUUAGUUAGAUUGUACAUAUAUUUGUUAGAUAUGUUAAUUAUAUUUAUUUAAUUUA